CAGGGCGGCACACGUUCAUUUGAAUCUUGGAGAUGGCUGGACUCCGGAGGUUUGGAGACAGAGAAGCGUAUUAGAACAUAUGCAGUAAUGUCACCUCAAAAGAAAGUUAAGAACUUUCAGACACCAAAGAGAACUUCACAAGGUAGUAAUAGUUAUCAGACUAAUCUCUUGGCCUGGAAACUAAAAGAGGACCUAAGCAACUCAAAGAGCAUCUCAAGACAUAGACACAACAAUUUAGUGGAAGAUGACGAACAUGCCGAUGAUCAAGAAGAAGAUGCUCUACAAGUAGCAUUGAGGUUCUUUGAGAAAGGUCCCUUUAAAACUUCACGGAGUAAAGAUGAAACCUUGGAAAAACACUUGAAAACUGUGGAAAAUGUGGCUUGGAAGAACGGGUUAACUCCAAAAGAAAUUGACAUUUUAUUAAAUGUGGCACUCAGUGGCAAAUUUGGAAGUGCUGUAAACUCUCGGAUACUGAAGUACAUGAUUCCAGCAACUGUAAUAUCAGAAGAUUCUGUGGUUAAGGCAGUCUCCUGGCUUUGUGUUGGCAAGUGUUGUGGUAGCACCAAGGUACUUUUUUAUCGUUGGCUGGUUGCAGUGUUUGACUUCAUUGAUCACAAGGAGAAAAUUAACUUGCUCUAUGGCUUCUUUUUUGCUUCAUUGCAAGAUGAUGGACUGUGCCCUUAUGUCUGCCAUUUCUUAUAUUUGCUUACCAAAAAAGAGAAUGUCAAACCAUUUCGUGUGAGAAAGCUCCUUGAUCUUCAGGCCAAAAUGGGAAGGCAACCCCAUCUCCAGGCUUUGUUGUUGCUGUAUAAGUUCUUUGUUCCUACGUUGAUUUCCAUAUCUUUGCCUAAGAAGAAGAUCUAUUUUAAGAAUUCAGAGAAUCUGUGGAAGACAGCUCUAAUUGCUGUGAGGCAAAGGAAUCAGAGACCUUCUCCAGAACCUCUGAAGCUGAUGUUAGGUCCAGCUAUUGUCCGUCCUGGAAAAAGAAAAUGGAAAGCUCACUCACUUAUACCAGUGCUAAAUUCCAGUAGCCACAGUAAAGAAUAUGGAAAAAAAGGAAUGAAUGUUUCUGAUUAUCUCAGUAGCAAUAGAUCAUUUCCAGUAGAAAAGCUUAGAAGCUUCCCUCAACUCUUACAGAAUAUUCAUUGCUUAGAGCUGCCUUCUCAGAUGGGUGCAGUGCUGAAUAAUUCUCUGCUACUUCAUUAUAUAAACUGUGUCAAAGAUGAUUCGAUCUUACUGAGGCUGUAUCAUUGGUUGAGCCAGAUAUUACAAGACGAAUGUAUUUGGUACAAGGUCAAUAAUUAUGAACAAAGAAAAGAAUUUACGAACUUCCUGGACACUCUCAUCAGGGCACAGUGCUUCUUACAAGAGGGAUUUUGUUCCUGUGAAACAUUCCUGUAUAAGAGCCUUCCUCUCUGGGAUGGCUUCUGUUGUCGGUCACAGUUCCUUCAACUUGUGAGCUGGGUUCCUUUUAGUAGCUUCUCUGAGAUGAAACCAGUUAUUUUUGACCAUCUAGCACAGCUGUUCUUUACAUCAACCGUUUAUUUCAAGUGUAGUGUUCUUGAGAGCCUGAAAGAACUACUGCAGAAUUGGCUGUUGUGGCUUUCUAUGGACAUCGACAAGAAAACUGUGCCGGACAGUUCUCUAGAGACGACAUUCGGUGGGUUCAUGAACUCUCUGUCUCAACUGAUUCACUAUGUAGGGUGGCUUUCCACUAAUGCAAUGCGAUUGGAAAGCAACAGUACUUUACUGCUGCACUUUGUUUUGGAUUUCUAUGAGAAGGUGUGUGACAUAUAUAUAAAUUAUAACCUUCCAUUGGUGGUGGUGUUCCCUCCUGGAAUCUUCUAUCUCGCACUCCUCAGUCUGGAUUCCAGUAUCCUGAACCAGCUCUGUUACAUAAUGCACAGAUACCGUAAAAAUUUAACAGCUGCAAAGAAACAUGAGUUGAUACUAAAGACAAAAUCAGAGUUCAUAUUCAACAACAAGACCUAUGAAGAAUAUAAUCACUAUUUGACAGCCAUGGUUGGUUGCCUGUGGACAUCCAACCCCUUCCAGAAAGGAUCAUAUAUUGACUCCAAAGUCUUUACAAAAAUUGGAGUAGAAAACCAUAAAAACAGCUUAAAUUUGGUUCAACACCCUGCUCUAUUGAGUUAUUCUGUUUCCUUUUUGCUACAGAAAUUUCCUGAGGAAAGGACAGUAGACGUGAGCUCUAUUCAGGGAAAGAAAUGGAGCUGGUAUUUGGACUAUUUAUUUUCAGAGGGGUUACAAGGCUUGAAACUUUUCAUAAGAAGUAGUAUCCAUCAUUCUUCUGUUUCCUCAUCAAAGAGCAUAAACCCCAUGAUCAACAUGAAAUGAAUGCUGAUAGAAACAAACCGAGCAUACUGGACUAAAUUCCUUCUGUGUUGCUAGAGAGGCCUGGUGGCUCAACUUGAGUUUCCAUAUUCUGAUUUUCACCAACAGACUGACAUCCUCAUGGAGUGCUUGGACUGACCUUCUAUCCAUGGCUCAGGAGACCUUCAAUGUGGCUAACUUUGUGUUUCAGGAUCUAGAGUCUUUAGCCCCCUAGUGAAAAAUGAUUUCAUCAUCAAGCUCUGCCUUUCACCAAAUUAUAUAUCAAGAGAUACAUCAUUAUGUUUUGAGGUUUUUCACAUUUUUGUGGAGUAUAACUUGCGCUGAAGGAAGAGAUCAGGUAAUACAGGGGCAGUUAAGCCACAGACAUAUUCAUGCAAAAUACUCUGCUCAAUCUCUGUGAAACCUCUGUGAGUAUUGCCAUUUUUCUUACUGUGAACAACUGUACCAAAACCCAGUUAACAGGAUACGUUUCUAACUCUAAAAGCUAGCUUUAAGUAGUUAGUAGAGUCCUUGGCCUUCACAGAUAGCAAUUUCAUGAGAGAAGGAAGGGGAGAGAAUUGUGGGAUAAUCAAGAAAUUAGCAUUUCAUAAAACUGCUCUCUUUUGUGUGUGUAUAGUUAUAUAUCCCAUUUUUUAAGUCUUUAAGCACAAAUGAAUUAAUUGCAAUUUUGUUUUCAAGGAUAAUUAUGAAGGUUUAAAAAAUUUUUAUAAUAAUUAAAAUAACUUGCUGAAAAUUUACUAUAAAAUUUUGCUUCAGUGCUACUCAGUAACUCCCCCUUUUAAUAAAAUUCAUAUCAUUUGAGAAGUGAAGCUGAAUUUUUGUUUUUAAGGGCACAUUUUUGUUCGUUUUUUUGUUAUAAAGCAAAACAAAUCCAAUGUCAAUCCUAAACUAUAUUACUAGAUAAUGUUCCGAAUAGAAUCACAUUCAUUUAUUUUUGAAUUCAGUACAUAUUUAUUGAGCUUAUCAUGUGCCAAAUAUUCUUCUGUGUGCUGGUUAUACAGCUGUGGCCAAUACACAGUACUUCCUUUUGUGGAAUUUACUGUAUCCUAUUGGAGAAGACAGAUAAUAAAAAUGUAGAUAAAUAUAUAAUAUCAGGUGCUAUAAAGAAAAAAGCAUGGAAUAGAGAUAGAAUAUUGAGAGGAUCACUAUUUUAGAUAAGGUGGUUAAAGAAGGCCUGUUUGAGCUGGUGACAUAUGCAGAGGCCCUAUUGACAUGAGUGUAUGAAUCAUGUAACUAUUUGGGGAAAGAGCAUUCUGGAAAGAUGUAAAGGCAAGUGAAAAAGCUUCAAAAUGUUAACUUACUUGGUGGCUUAUUUGAGAAGCAUCAGAGAGGUCAGUAAGGUUACAACAUAGUGAUUAAGGGAGAAGAAUGUUAAGAAAUGAAACAGGAGAAAACCAGUUCAUGAAGUUCCUUACAGCUUGGUAUGGAUAUGUCAUGGGAAACUGUUCAAAGGAUUGAGAGCAGAGGCGUGACAUAAUUUGACUUAACUACAUGGAGCUUCAGGGUGAAGUUUAGACUAAAGAGGAUUUUGGGUGAAGAAAGAGAGACCAGUUAGGUUAGUAGUGUUCCAAGCAAGAGUCUUAGACUAGUGUGGCUGAGGAGGGAGGAAGAGAUGGUUACAUGCUGGAUUCAGGCUCUACUUUACAGGUAGAGAAGGUAGCAUCUGCUGAUAACUUAGACAUAAGGUAAAGGAUGACUCCUACGUUUUUGACUGAGCAACUGGGUGAAUUCUGGGAUGCAGAGAUGAGGCAUCUUGGAGGAGGAACCGAUGUGGAAUCAGGAGUUCUAUUGUGACCAUGUUAGGUUGGAGAUGCUGAGUACGCAAUUGGAUAUCCAAGGCUAGAGUUCAAGGUACAAGUGGAGACUAAAGACUGGCAAAUUAAUUUGGGAGUCAUUAGUGAAUAGCCAUGAUAUUGGAUGAGAUCACUUAGUGCAGCUAGAAAAGAGAAGGUGACAAAAAACUGAGCCCUGGGGUGUGUCAACUUUAAGAAGUAGAGAAGAGGAAGAACCAGCAAAAGACUGAGAAGGACCCUCCAGUGAGCUAGAAGAAAAGUCAGGAGACUGAUGUACUGGAAGCCAAGUGAAGAAGGCAUUUCAAAAAGGAGUAUUUAAUGGUGUGGUAUGUUGCCGGCAAACUUUAUUUAGUUGCUUCAAAAUAAGUGUGAUAGUUUCUGCAAUGGGUAAUCUCAUAUAGAGGUCUCUUGUUUUUAAAUUUGUACUCCAAAUAGCUUUCCAUAUUUUUCAGAACAUGAUAUUUUGAUCUUUAAGAUUGCAUAGAACUUUAACUUGUGAGAAGAGAUCUGAUUAUUUAACCCCUAACAAUAUUCAGAUUAUUGGAGAAACUUUUCUAAACUUGUUUACAUUCCAGAAGAAAAAAAAAAUUCCCUUAGGUUUGACAUUUGUUCAAUAAUUAUUCCCUGGGCACCUUUUUGCCCCAGUUUUUCCUUGAUCAAUGUUUUAACUCACUUAAAGUUAGAUAUGUGGCUAUAAAAAUCAGCCAAACCUAGUUAUUUGAAAACUCUUUUUGGAAGACUUUGUGGCAAACUAAAACAAGGUUCAUAAAAGAAUAGCUAUUUUGCUUCGGUGGAAAAGAUGUCUAGAAAUAAAUAGAAAAUUUGGUUUGUUAUCCCAAUUGUACACAAAAAAUACUUUGUUUACCUAGUAUUUGUGCAAAAUUGUUGACAUAAAUAUUCACUUAAUGUUCAAUGCUAAAGGUGUUAUUAAAUUUGUAACAUUUUAUUUUC